UAGUUGGAUAGGCAAUUUCAGUACUUUGUUAGCAUCAAGGCAAUUCAACGUCACUGAACUCAGCAAAGUUGGCUUGUAUUUCUGAGAGAGAGAGAGAGAGAGAGAGAGAGAGAGAGAGAGAGAGAGAGAGAGAGAGACUGACUCUGAUUCUCUGAGACUCUUACCUCAAAUUCCGGAACUUUAACCCUGAAAGCGGUGCUCAGAGAAGGACUUGGACAAUUCCCCGCGGCUUUCUCUUGUCUCCCAACUUUCCCUCCCUGGGGGUGCAAGGGAGGACUUGGCGCUGAGGUUCUAAGGUUGCUGGCACUCCCAGAGCUGCUGUUUUGUAUUUUUCGGAGCCCUUGUGGCGCCUGACAAGUCGGAGCCCUUUAGGAGAGCAAGAGCACACCGAGGAGGUGUGUGUUGGAGGUGGGCAGGCGCCGCAGAGACUCCAGCGGUGGGUGCUCCUUUGUAGGCAGCAGUAGACGCUAGGCUGGGCAAGCAGUCCCCAGCGUAAACCUCGGAGUCACCAUGCCUGCACCCCCACCUCGCCGCCGGCUUGCCUGCUAGGAGCCAGGAGGGAAUGUGGUGAACGCACCGGCUCCGCCGAGCGAGWGCAGAACCUCAAACGGGCACAGGGCCCUGGGCACACCAUGGCUGACACAGACGAGGGCUUUGGCCUGGCGCACACGCCUUUGGAGCCUGACUCAAAAGACCUGUCCUGCGAUUCAAAACCGGAGACUACACUAGGGGUUCCCAGCAAGUCCCCGUCGUCUCCGCAGGCCGCCUUCACCCAGCAGGGCAUGGAAGGAAUCAAGGUGUUUCUCCACGAAAGAGAACUGUGGCUGAAAUUUCACGAAGUGGGCACAGAAAUGAUCAUAACGAAGGCUGGAAGGCGGAUGUUUCCCAGUUAUAAAGUCAAGGUGACUGGGCUUAAUCCCAAAACGAAGUAUAUCCUCCUCAUGGACAUUGUUCCUGCGGAUGACCACAGAUAUAAGUUUGCAGAUAAUAAAUGGUCUGUGACCGGCAAAGCAGAGCCUGCCAUGCCUGGCCGCCUCUAUGUGCACCCUGACUCGCCAGCCACAGGGGCGCAUUGGAUGCGACAGCUCGUCUCGUUCCAGAAACUCAAGCUCACCAACAACCACCUGGACCCCUUUGGGCACAUUAUUCUAAAUUCCAUGCACAAAUACCAGCCCAGAUUACACAUCGUGAAAGCAGAUGAAAAUAAUGGAUUCGGUUCAAAAAAUACAGCGUUCUGCACCCACGUCUUCCCGGAGACGGCAUUUAUUGCGGUGACUUCCUAUCAGAAUCACAAGAUCACGCAAUUAAAGAUCGAGAACAAUCCCUUCGCCAAAGGAUUCCGGGGGAGUGACGACAUGGAGCUGCACAGAAUGUCCAGGAUGCAGAGUAAAGAAUACCCCGUGGUUCCCAGGAGCACYGUGAGGCAGAAAGUGGCCUCCAACCACAGUCCCUUCAGCAGCGAACCUCGAGCUCUCUCCACCUCGUCCAACUUAGGGUCCCAGUACCAGUGUGAGAAUGGGAUCUCCGGCCCCUCCCAGGACCUUCUGCCCCCACCCAACCCGUACCCGCUGCCUCAGGAGCACAGCCAAAUUUACCAUUGCACCAAGAGGAAAGAUGAGGAAUGCUCCACUGCAGACCACCCCUACAAGAAGCCAUACAUGGAGACACCCCCCAGCGAAGAGGACCCCUUCUACCGCCCCAGCUACCCGCAGCAGCAGGGCCUGAGCGCCUCCUACAGGACAGAGUCGGCCCAGCGACAGGCCUGCAUGUACGCCAGCUCCGCCCCGCCCAGCGAGCCCGUGCCCAGCCUGGAGGACAUCAGCUGCAACACGUGGCCCAGCAUGCCCUCCUACAGCAGCUGCACGGUCACCACGGUGCAGCCCAUGGACAGAAUCCCCUACCAGCAUUUCUCGGCUCACUUCACCUCGGGGCCCCUGGUCCCCAGGCUGGCCGGCAUGGCCAACCACGGCUCCCCGCAGCUCGGAGAGGGGAUGUUUCAGCACCAGACCUCCGUGGCCCACCAGCCUGUGGUCAGGCAGUGUGGGCCUCAGACUGGCCUCCAGUCCCCCGGCAGCCUGCAGCCCCCCGAGUUCCUGUACUCUCAUGGGGUGCCCAGGACCCUGUCCCCCCAGCACUACCACUCCGUGCACGGGGUCGGCAUGGUGCCAGAGUGGAGCGAGAACAGCUGAAGCCGGGUGGCCCUGACGCAGGCAUUUGCUGAGAGAGAGAGGAGAGGGGCGAGGGAGAGAGAUGGGCGCAAGGAGGACCCCCCCACGAGUUUUC